ACAGCUGUCUGUCAAAAAGUUUGCUUUUGCUUUUUUAUUUUAAAAAUUAAAAUUUAAUAAAACAAAGAGAAAGAAACAAACAAACAAAAUUCGUAGAAUUGUUCCUGGUUUGUCGAUUGUCAUGUUCCUCUAGCUGUGUUAGGUUCCAUUCCAAACUACCACCAGGAAUUCUACCACAUGGUUUGCCCAUUGUAAAGGAAGUUGCAUCAGCCAUAACACCACUUAAACACAAAAAAGAAGGGCUCUAUCUGAGAAUGUCGACAUCUACACAGACUACAUUGGAGGUGGUGAUAAUGAAGAGUCAAACGAUGGGAGGACAAAUGCUAGGUUGUCGUUGAAUCGAGCUUUCUACGAAGACCCAUAGUCUAAGAAUCGAUGCAUCACUUCAAUGGAUUGGUCAACACAUUUUCCUGAACUGGUUGUUGCUUCAUAUCACAAAAAUGAGAACUUCCCUAGGAGAGUCCCAAUGAACCAGAUGGUGUUGUGGUGUUGUAAUGGUCUGGAACACAAAAUAUAAAAAACAAGCACCCGAAGAUGUAUUCCAUUGUCAGAGUGCCGUUAUGUCAACAUGCUUUACUAAAUUCAAUUCAAUGAAAUCUUAUACUCGGUGGAACGUAUUCCGGUCAGAUUGUGCUUUGGGAUAAUCGAGUGCAAAAGCGCACCCCCAUCCAGAGGACACCACAAGAUACGAACCCAGUGUACUGUUUGCAAAUGGUUGGCACACACAAUGUGAUAUCGAUCUCAUCCGAUGGCAAGCUUUGCUCUUGGAGUUUGGAUAUGUUGUCGAUGCCGCAAGAUACACUGGAAUUGCAGCAACGGCAAUCGAAGCCAAUUGCUAUCACUUUCAUGUUCUUUUCAUCGAAUGAGAUUAACAAUCUAGCAAUGGCAAUGUUUAUUCUGCUUAUCGACAUGGAAUACGUUCGGGUGUGUCUGAAGUCUAUGAGAAGCAUUUUGCGUCCAGUGACGGGAAUAUCAACUCAUCUAAAUCAAUCUACACCAGAUUUUGGUGAUUUGUUCCUUACAUCUUCCAUUGAUUGGACAAUUAAGUUAUGGAAUCUUAAGGUGAAUUAUGUUCAAACCAAGCCACUCGUUCUUUAAGCCUACUUCAUCCCACAACAGCUCCCUGGCCCUGUAUAAACAAAAACAUUUUCCAGUCAUCAAGACGUUUAUUUAAGAUAAGAUGGAGGUUUAUGUCUAUUAAUCCAUCUACUUCUGCUUUGCUGCAUUAUGUUUAAUUGGAUAAAAAAGCUACUAUUGAAAUCGACAAUCUGGAGAAUCGAAGUCAAAUCAAUUCAGGAAUGCUGUGAUUAAUAACCAGGCUAAUCAUAAUUUGCAUAAUGAAGAACUCUUGUCUAGAGGAGCUAUACGCAUGUGGCACAAUGAGUUGAAUGAGAUAAAAUUUAUUAAUUUUGUUUUGUUUUUAAUUGAACCAAUAUUGUUUUAACUUUUUGAUUGUAUAUUAAAUAUUUAUGCAAAGUGAAACGAAUUUGUUUAACAACAGUUGGAAUAUAAAGUAAAAUUUGUUCAAUUGUACUUAAUCUAUUGAAUCAUCUCUCAUAUAGACUCAAUUUACUUAUUAUGUUUUAACAGUAAUUUUUUUCAAUCAAGCCUUACACCCAAACUUAUAAUCCCUAAAAAGAAUAAAAACUUAAAU